AUGUCGCUGUCGCAAGAGAGUCUCAGCUCUGCCGUUUCGUCCGCCGGCUUCUCUACUUUUGCCGAGGCAAAAUUAUCCUUGCAGGCGACCCUCGCAAGCUACCAAGCGCUAAACACCGGCGACGAUACGAAGAACUUCCUUGAGACUUGCUUCAAAUACCUUCCCCCGGCUGGACAGGUCAAUUUGUCAGAGGAUGUUUCCGGCUGCCGCAAUGAUGAUGAACUCCGCCAGCUAGCCGCCAGCAUUGAUACCAGCUUGCUACGCCCUCUUCUGUCUAAGGGUGGGAAGACCCCUAUCAUCACUCCAUCCCCCCGUAUCGGCUUUGACGAUUCAGUUGAAAACCUUAACUCCCUCGAUAUCACACCAGCAAGUCGAAAUGACCAAGAACGACUUCGCCGAAACUGUCUUAGACGAGAUGGAUAUCGGUCUGUUCACAUUCUUCCGUUCGCCCUUGGCAGUUUCACGAAUGACGAUGAAAGACGGCGAAGCUCUGAGGUGUGGGUAAACAUUUUUCGUUACUUUCCAAGCCUCCGGUCCACCCUCAAUAUGUCACCUGAAGAUGUGAAUCGAGAGGACAAUAUCAUGAUGAUGAUCAGCCCCCUUCAUGAAGAGUUCGGUCUCUUCCACUUUGUCCUUGAGGACACUCCGACUCCCAAUCGCUACCGUACCAAACUAUUUCCACGCUUCGCAUCUAUUUACACACCCUUGUUACCCAGCGACAGGGUUAUAAAAUUGACUAGCCACGACCAUCGCUUACAUCUUCCUGAAGCCAAGUACUUACAGUUGCAUGCUGCCAUUGGCAACAUCUUGCAUGCAAGUGGCCGGGGAGAAAGCAUUGAAAAGCUCAUACGGGAUCUAGGAGAGACAGGCGGUUCAGUAUUAUCAAAGGAUGGCAGUACGAACAUCAGCGAUCUGCUCUCGGUCAGCCACCUUUCGCUGCUAGCCUCAAAUUCGCAACCAACAGAUAGUAAGCUGCAGCAGCAACGUGCUCGGGCUAGAUUGCCAGGAACAGAGAAUGAGAAACCCAAAUUAGGUUAG